AUGAACAAGUCACAGUUCUACUUGUCCUCCUGCGCUGAUGCAGCUUCCAAGAGCCCUAUGUCGUACACGCUCGGUGCUGUUCUCGUCAAGGGCGGCAAGAUCAUAUCUACGGGCCACAAUCACCACCGCCCACACUACGAUGGCGCCGAAGUGCGCACGCGAGGACACCGGAAGCCAGUGUCGAUGCACGCCGAGAUGCACGCCAUCUACAACCUAACCGGAAUGUCACCGUCGUUUCGCAAGCAGGGUCGCGUAUCGUCUCAGUCUGCGGCGUUGAGAGGGGCGGACGGCUCGAUCUUCGGCUUCGAUGGCGAGGGGAAACAGCAUGUUCAAGGGAGGCGACAACAAGGUCAAUCCAGUAGGGCCCGCCACGAGAGAACGGGCCACGGCGGAGGCAAGAGUGAGGGCGAUGCCAGCUGCAGCGGCAGCAAAAGCGGUCGUAGACGCUCAAGGUCUUCCAGCUUAGGCUCCGGGUCCGCCGAGACUGGCGACAAGUGCUGGAGUGGUCGGCGGCGAGACCCACGGGUGAACGGUGCGGACAUCUACGUCGCUCGAGUGACGAAGAACGGAAUGGGAAACGCAAAACCUUGCUGGAGAUGCUUGGAAUGGUGUAAAUGGGCCGGUGUGAAGAGGAUUCUCUAUUGGAAUGGGGAGGAGAAUAGGUUUAAUGUGAUCAAGGUUAACAGUGCUGAUAGGGACUCGUACGAGGUACAUUCGGACGUUCGAUUGUUCGCUGGAUCGAGUUAUUGAUGAGGAUCCUAGAUUUUUGCAUCAACCUUCACCUGUAUUUUGCUUUGCUUCCAGCAUUAAUCAAAUGUCAC